GUUGUAGGUCUUCUCUGACUUGGUGAGUGGGUCUUGAUCAAAAAGCUAUGAGAGGCCAGCCCCGACGCGGCGCUAUCUGAUAGAUCCGAGCCACACUUCCUGCUUUCAAUAAUCUUCGAUAAUAGUUGGUCAAUAGACCUUCCUAUCUUAUGCUGCAGCGGAAAGGAUGCAGCGCGUUCUAGUAUCAUCUGGUCUGACCCAAUUUCUACCUUUAUCAUUCACAAAUGUCAAUUCCUUAUUUAGUCUUCAACAGCGGCUGCACCGUCCACUUCAGCAGCGCAGCCUAGCAGCUGCAAGUGGAAGGACAAAUUUCUCCACAUCUCCUCUGUUUUACAAGAAAAAGGAUAAGUCAAAGAGCAGUUCUACUUCAAGUCUUGAAGAGAGACUCUUUAAGUCUGGUGUUGUUUCUGAGGACCCAUAUGAUUUUACUCAGCUACAUGAUGGCAUUGCGGAUGCUGUGUCCCGCCUAAAAGAUGAUCUUUCCAAGCUGCGCGUGGGAGGAAGGCUUAACACUGAAGCUAUCGAAGCUCUUCGUGUCCAGUUAAGCAAAUCAAGCAAAGAAACGGUGAAGUUAGGAGAACUGGCUCAAGUGGUUCCUAAGGGAGGCCGUAUGGUAACUGUACUGGCUUCAGAAGAAGAUCAUAUUAAGCCCAUCAUCUCGGCGAUCGUGUCUUCCGGCCUGUCUUUAUCACCCCAGCCAGACGCGCAUAAUGCUCUGCAGCUAAAUAUACCAAUUCCACCACCGACAAAAGAAUUUCGGGAUCAGACAGUCAGUGCUGCGAAAUCGGCUAUGGAAAAGGCUACAGCAGCAGUCCGCGACGCAAGGGGUUCCGUACAUAAACGUCUUCAGGAUAUGCAGAAAAAGAAGAUAGCUCGGCCGGAUGACGUUCGAAAAGCACAAGAGCAGAUGGAGAAGUUAACAGAGAAAGGGCAAAGGGAGGUUAGAGAUCUGUUCGAUACUGCAAAGAAGGCAAUGGAGAGGGCAUGACCCGAAGUGGCCAUAGGAAUGUGCUUGUAAAUGGUGAUAAAAUAUAUGGCCACGAAAUACACGUUUCACAGGGCGACCUGAAGCUAGAAGUGAUUCCACCUUGGCAAGGAAUUGAGAGCUCUUCCUGGUCUCUUGAUAAGAGACGUUAUUCCUGAGAUUCCUUGAUACUUCACUGAGAAUAGGCGAUUUACCGGCUUGUUCGGUGUUAAGUUUAGGAUAAGUUCCCUGCACAAAGGAUUGGAUCAAAGACUUCCUGCGCUCUGCACUCAUUGGGGUGAAGCUAACAUCCUCCGGUUCUAUUAGAUCACCUUUCCGCUGUGAAUAGCUGUCUGCCCUCUGCUGCGAAAGUUUCUUCGCCUCUGCUAUAGCCUCUGUUUUCUCCUUCUCGUCGAGGAACCGAACAAAUUGUCCCUUAAAGAGCCGCGUGCCUAGUUCAUAAGGUGGGACAUAACCAUUGGGGAAGCGGUCACUUAGUAAGGAUAGUUUU